AACUCUGGUUAACAUUUUGGUGUAUAUCCUCAUAGAAAGCAAACAAGAGAUCAAGUUACACAUGCUGUUUUCCAACCAAACAGGAUACAGUUAAUAAAUAGUAUUACAGCGUAACCAUCCGGAACCCUGGCCGUAGAAUCAGGGCCUGAGCAAAGCCUGGAUCCCUCAGCGAUCCUGGGACAAAUUACCUCCUAUCUCUGCCUCCGUGUUCUCAUCUUAAAAUGGGAUGAUAUAUUAGCUAAUUCACAUAAGUACUUAGCAUAUUUCCGGGGCUCUAGUGUAUUUAUUAAUAUCAGAAGCUUAGUAUUUAGACUUUUAGGGCUGGAUGGGCCAUAGAGGUCAUCUGCCAGAACCCCCUUGUCUUACAGGUACAGGAACAGAGGCUCAGAGGGAGGUAAUUUGCUUAGUGUUGUAGAGCCGACUUUUUAGAAGUGCAGGUGCGUCCUUGCUCCUCUUUGCUCAGGCGCCACCUCAUGAGGCAUUUCUGUUUCCUGCCCUCCUUUCCCCUUGACGUAGGCCGUGGUGGCCUCCUUGUUUCGUGCUUCCUUAAUCCUUUGUACAGACCUCUUCUGAGUACAAACACAGGUUUGGGUUUCUGGUUUUAUACUUUUCGUCUCUUCCACUAACCUGUGAGUUCCUCAAGGGCUUGACUAGUUUUUCAGCCUUGUAUGCUCAGAACCACGCUACUUGGCAGCUGCUGAGUGGUCAGUUUUGUUUUUAAAAGAAUGUGUUGUGGAUGCUGGGACAGAAAAGCUAACAAGCAGUGGAAUAGCGUCCACAUUAUGGGAAGGGAUAAUUCCAUCGUUGUCAUUCAUCUUACAAGUGUUUAUUGAGCACUUACUCUGGGCAGAAUUGAGCCCAUACAGGGGGUGCAGUGCCAUGCAGGACAGACUUGUCCAUUUCCUUAUAGAGGUUACAGUCUAAUGGGGAUGACUGACCCCACGUAACAAAUUACAUUUCAUGCUUGUAAUUGUACUGAAUGCUACAGUGAAGACAAAGGGUGCCUCCUAGGAGAGCCAAGAGUAGGAGCCCUGGCCUGACUAGGUGGAGAGAAGAGGUCAGGAAAGGUUCUUCUGAGGACCCAGUAAGCCUAGAUCUAAAGGAUGAGUUUGAGUUAGCCAGCCAAAGGGUGGGGCGGAAGGGUGUUGCAGACAUGGGUAUGGCAAUAGCAUGUGCAAAGGCCCUGAGGAAGGAAGAAGCAUGGUGCUUUCUAGGAACUCAGGAAGACCAGGACGACUGAGGCACAAGAUGAGGGCACUGAGAUGGGCAGAGGCCAGUUUCUAGAGGGCUUUAUAGAUCAUAUUACAGGUUUUCUAUUUUAGCCUAAGAGCAGCGGAGAGCCUGUGAAAUAUUAUGCCUAAUUCUGAAUGCUUGCUUUUAGAGAACAGAUGACGUGAGAAUAGAAGGUGACUGGGAUGAGAAAGGAUUGAAAGCUUGUGUCCUAUUUGGGCUACUAAGUCCAAAGAAGAAACAGGCAGUUAGACGAUGUGUGAAGGAAUGGGAUGCCUCAGACUAGCAGAGAGUUGAUCAAGGUGGCAGAUCCUGUCCAAGUGUCAGAAACAGCUUCCAACCCCUAGAAUUUGGUGUCUCCAGCGAUGGAGAACGGUAAGGGGAGAUGUGUAGGCAAGGCAUACCGCAAGGCCACCUGUCGAGGAGCUUGUAGUAGGAAGCCCAUGCCUGGUGGGAGUGCUCCAAAGAGUGCAUUGUUCCAUAAAUCAAGGAACGGCAACAUGUUUCAUUCUGCCUUGUAAAUGAUUCAACAGACCUGGAACGUGACUUUAUCUCUUUCUUUAAUCUGAACACUCAUAAACUUGGGACUUUGUAAGGAUAGAUUUGUAAGAUGGAGUAGGUCAGUACUUCCUUUGUUAAUAGUAAAUACUCCAAGGUGUAUUUAUUGAAUUAUUUAGAUACAGGAGUUCUGUAGUUGUCGGGAACAAACAAGUGUUGCUGUUGGUGGGUUAGCCUGAAGCUGACAGCCAUGGCCAAAGCAAGCUGAUGUGUAAAUGGAAUCCAUCAUUUCAAGCGAAGGGGAAAAUAGCAUUCCAGGAGAAACCAAAAUGCCAGGACAAUAAGCCCUGGCCACUCAUGGGAUGUUUUUUAUUCAUGUGGAAAUUGGAAGAGAAGGCCAAGGAAAAUAAAAUGUUUCUUCAAAGAAAAUUGGAUGUUUCCUCUCCUGGGAGAAGUGUGGACGUCGUGCGCGUAACCACAUCCGCGUUACAGAAAUAAGCAACAGGCCGGAAAACGCUGAGCGUUGUAGCCUGCAGUCGGCGAUCGGAUGGGGCCUGAAAGGCAAGGAGAGUUGGAAAUAAUUGUGGUAGAAGUGAUGGAUGGAGCAGAAUUCUCAUUUGGAAUGGAAACGCAAACAGAGGCCGCCAAAAGAAAACACCAGGCCUCCGGGGAGGCUCCCCCAGCCAAGCGGAGGAACAAGGCAGCGCUUCUCCUGGCCAAGAAAGCUGCUGCUGAAGAAACACAAAGGACUUUCAAGGGGAAGGCACAGAAAACACUUUCUCCAAGGAAAUCUUUGGUCGGUGUGAGUGACGGAACCCGAGAACAGAAGCUGUGCGUUAGGACUUCAUCGUUAUUUAAAAACAACCCUGAAAUCCCAGAGCUCCACAGACCGGUAGUAAAGCAGGUGCAAGAAGAGGUGUUCACUUCAGAAGCUUUCCAUGAACUGGACCUCCACCCGCAUUUAAUUUCCACAAUAAAUACGGUCUUAAACAUGACUAGUAUGACCAGCGUUCAGAAGCAAAGUAUUCCGGCGUUGCUGGAAGGCAGAGAUGCUCUGGUGAGAUCACAGACGGGCUCAGGUAAAACUCUAGCCUACUGCAUCCCUGUGGUCCAGUCUCUUCAAGCAAUGAAAUCAAAAAUACAGCGCAGUGAUGGCCCCUACGCCCUGGUGCUGGUGCCGACACGAGAGCUGGCUCUGCAAAGCUUUGACACUGUCCAGAAACUGCUUAAGCCAUUUAACUGGAUUGUGCCUGGAGUGUUGAUGGGAGGAGAGAGAAGGAAAUCAGAAAAGGCCAGACUCCGCAAAGGAAUAAAUAUCCUUAUCUCGACUCCUGGGCGGCUGGUGGAUCAUAUCAAAUCCACGAAGAACAUUCAUUUUCGUCGGAUACGGUGGCUGAUUUUGGAUGAAGCAGACAGAAUCCUGGAUUUGGGUUUUGAAAAGGAUAUCACGGUGAUACUCAAUGCUGUAAAUGCUGAGUGCCAGAAACGACAGAACGUCUUACUGUCAGCGACACUCACGGAAGGUGUGACCCGGCUAGCUGAUAUCAGCUUGCUCAAUCCGGUCAGGAUUUCUGUCCUGGAUGAACACUGUGCCCAGUCUGAGCCACAGGGCGGAGCAGUUCCGGAGGCCUCCCCUCUCCCAGCUGGCAGUGAGCCGGACAGCUUUGCGAUUCCGAAAAGUCUCCAUCAGCACGUGGCAUUGGUUCCCAGCAAACUGAGGCUCGUCUCCCUGGCGGCCUUCAUCCUGCAGAAGUGCAAGUUUGAAAAAGACCAGAAGAUGAUCGUGUUUUUCUCGAGUUGUGAGCUGGUGGAGUUCCACUACCACCUCUUCCUGCAGACCCUGCCGAGCCGCUUCGGGGCCCCAGUGUCCAGGCAGCCGCCAUCUGCGUCCACGCGAUUAAAAUUCCUGCGGCUGCAUGGCAACAUGGAGCAGGAGGAAAGGACAGCAGUGUUUCAAGAAUUCUCGCAUUCCAAGACAGGCGUCCUUCUUUGUACGGAUGUUGCAGCUCGGGGCUUAGAUCUCCCUCAAGUCACGUGGAUUGUUCAGUACAGCGCGCCGUCGUCACCUGCUGAAUACAUCCACCGGAUCGGGAGAACCGCCCGGAUUGGCUGCCGUGGGAGCAGCCUGCUCAUUUUGGCUCCUUCGGAGGCAGAAUAUGUCAACUCGUUGGCUUCUCACAAAAUCAACGUUUCCGAGAUGAAGAUGGAAGAGAUUUUGUCUGUUCUGACAAGGGGUGACUGUUUCAGACGGGGCCGGUGCAGAAGCCAGAAAUCCCGUGCUGCCGGCCCCCAGGAAAUCCGAGAGCGAGCCACAGUCCUGCAGACGGUAUUUGAAGAUUACGUGCACUCCAGUGAGAGGAGGGUCUCCUGGGCAAAGAAAGCUCUGCAGGCCUUCAUCCGUGCCUACGCCACCUACCCCCGGGAGCUGAAGCCCAUCUUCCAUGUCCGGUCACUGCACCUCGGCCACGUGGCCAAGAGCUUCGGGCUGAGGGAUGCCCCCCAGAAUCUUGGUGUCACAGCUGUGAAGAGAAGGAAAGCAAACCUGAGCAGGCCUGACCUUCAUAAGAAGACCCGGAGUAAACACUGCCUCGCUGAAAUCUUGCGUUCGGAAUACUCAAGUGGGAUGGAGGCCGGCGUCGCCAAGGUCAAAAAGCAAAACAAACAGGCAGAGCCCGGCAGCCAGCCACGCAGCGCUGUCUGCUCCCGGCGCCCAGCCUCAGCCGUGGGAAAAACUAAGAAACGCUUCCCGUGAAGCAGAAGAACCCAAAAAGACUUAACUGGGGGACAACAGGACUUCCCCCAAAAAGUUUUCAGUUGUUCUUUUUUUUAACUCUGCCUCCACAGGCCCUGUCCUUGUCGGGAGCCUUGUGGGAAGUAAUGGUGCCACUUUUCCCUGAACACCAUGUCCCCAACCCGGAGAAGCCACAGCCCUCGUCCUGGCAGAGGCGGGGUUAAUGCUUACCUUCGUGAGAGAGCUUAUACUUGGCAUCUCUUCCACCAGAACCAUCUU